AUGGACUCUCCCGACCACGCACAUGCCUUUUCAGGCGAUCUCGGAGAGCCGCAAAGGCCACGCCAACUGCCCCCCGACCUCCCCACCUCGCUCAAUGACAGGAGACCCGUCCACAUCAUGAACGAGGAGACUGAGAUAUACGAUGCAUGGCAAGGCCAGUCGCAAUUCCUCACCACCCCCAUGCCCGCCCGCCCACUCAGCUUCAACCUCUCGCUCGACGACCCGACAUUUGGCGAUGAGGACAUGCAGCAGCUCGAGGACAGUGAUAGCCGUCUGGUACAGAUGCUCGCCCACCAGGCACGCCUAAAAAACGACAAUGCAGGCGAUGAAGCAAAAGUGGUUGCUGACGACAAGUUGUCACACGAAGAGAAGAGGGAAGCCCUGCAAGGCCUCUUCACCCUGGCUGCCUCCAACGGCGAACUCGAGAGGGUGAAGCGGUUGCUCGACGGCAAGGCUCGGGAAUACAUCGACAUCAAUGGGGUCGACGCCGAGGGCACACCGCCACUAGUCUACGCAAGUUGCUUUGGCCACGAGGAUGUCGCGGCAACCCUACUCGAUCAAGGCGCAACUGUUGAUAUACAGGACAGGAACCGCUGGACCCCCCUCAUGUGGGCCAUGACGAACCGACACAAGGAUAUCGUUAAACUGUUACUAGAGCAUGGAGCAUCCACCGACGUCAAAUCUUCGGGCGGGAGGACCGCAUUCGAUUUUGUUGAACCCAACACGGAACUUUCCGAGUACCUUCACGAGAGCGGAUAUGCCAUUGGCAAUGUGGGUGUUGGAGAUGACUUUUACAGCUCUGGUUUCUCGCAAGAUCGCUUUGAGCAGGAGAUGCAGGAGAAUGACAUGAAGCGACGCAUGAUGAUGGAAAGCGCCUUCAACCUGGAAGUUGAUAUUGGCAAUCUCGGCUUGGACGAACAGCCAGAGGUAUGGGCCAUGUCUCCUGAGGAGCCAGAGGAAGAGGCCCAAGAGUUUAUAUGGGAUAGGUGCCUCAAUGAUCAAAUGUUUGUCUUCCAAGAAAACGAGCUCGAACGCAUCCUCGACAUCAUCAUCACCAACAUGACACCACAACGCUCCCCGUCGCAAAAGCCGGUACCUGCGAACAUACUUUUCCUCAGUGCCCGGUAUGCACACUAUCACGCCAAUCCCGAACUCCUCGAAACAUUACUCGUAUCUGCCAUGAACAAGAUCAAUGACGUUGUUGAAAAGCACCAGUGGGAUAUGACUGUGCUAGCAUUCUGGAUGUCAAAUGCCACUUUACUUUUGCAUUAUCUCAAAAAAGAUGGCGGAUUGAUGGGGGCCACCAACAACUUCCAACUCCAAAUGGCCGAACUGAUCAAUGAAAUCUUCAUCUUGAUCAUUCGUGAUGCAGAGCGGAGAAUGGACAAGAAUCUCGAUCAGGCGAUGCUGGACCACGAGCCGAUGCCCGGAUUCGAAGAUGUGCAUUUCCAGCACGAAUGGAAAAUAUUUCGUUCAAAGCCAAAGGCGAAGCCCGUAGAGCCACUUGAGAAACGCUUCCGACCGCCGUCCCCGAAGCGUCGAGCGCAGCCCUCACCACGAAACAUCACUUCCCUUCUUGCAUCUACUUUGUUUGUUCUUGAUCUUUACGACGUCCAUUCCGUCAUUACAGCCCAGGCGCUAUCGCAGCUGAUAUACUGGAUUUCUGCCGAAGUUUUCAACCGCAUAAUGUCCAAUCGAAAAUACCUAGCUCGAACGAAGGCUAUGCAGAUACGCAUGAAUGUCUCGACACUGGAAGACUGGGCGCGAUCAAACAACCGGCAGCCAGAGCACUACGAGAACGGCUCCAUGACCUCCACUGGGGAGAACACUGCAGAUGCUGCUAAGCGGCACCUCGAGCCUUUGAUCCAACUACUUCAAUGGUUACAAUGUUUCUCAUCACUUGGCGAGGAUUUAGAGUCGCUUGUAGGAACGUUGCAGCAGCUGACGCGUCUGUCGCCUCAACAGCUAUUGCAUACUGCAAAAUACUAUAGACCAGAAGUCGGCGAAAAAGGUCUCCCAAAAAGCGCAUCAAAAUACAUUGACCACCUACAAAAGGCCGCAGCCGAUCGAAAAGCUGCAAAAACGAAAUCACCGAAUCUUGACUCGGCGCCGACCACACCCGUCAGACCAACUGCCGAGAGACCUAUCGAGCCCUCGCCUGCGCCCUCACGAAUGUCUGAUGAGGAAGAGCAUGACGAACUUCCCGACGAGCUUCUUCUGGAUCCUUCGUAUAUGCUACCGUUUUCAUUACCAACAUCGACAGACAUGCUCAUCAGCUACGGCGCCGGCUUCGGUGGCGUCAACAAGGAGAGGGAACGGAAGUAUAUUCCCACUGUACCUCCGGAGUUCAUGGCUAAACUAGAUCUAAGUGGCGGCAUGAACAAGAACGGCAGCUCAUAUUAUUCAGAGUCAUCAUGGAAUGAUCCAAGCUUUGGGUGA